UGGGUGACAGUUAAGUUAAUAUGUCAGUGGAAAAAUGCGCCUCUGUUGUCACUGCUGUGGCGAAGUUGGCGCUCAUGAAUAUGAAUUAGUUCAAGCUGACGUUUGCUCUUCGCGCGUCCAGUCACACACCCUAAUUAAUAUUCAUGAGCUAAACCUAUGCCAUAGUAGGAUUUGACUUCCGGCUAGAGCGCUUAACUUUUCAAACGGGACCCAAACACACGCACACACGGGACAGGGGACACUCAGCGAGAAGCUUUUAGGAGACUAUUUCGUUAUUACUAUAUCGGCUUAAUCAUUCGUCGGACAUGUCUAAUUAAAGAGGACUUCUUCAAACCGGAUAACAAAUCAGCAUUAUUUAAUGUCGAUGUGGAUAAUCUUAUUCUCUAAAACGUGGCAAUGGAUUAUAUUCAUGAAGGCGAUCAAAGGACUGAGAUGAGAGGCAGGACGACUGAUGAUUUUUAGCACUUAUUUUAGUAGUGACACUUUCACGCGCAACAUGUGUUGUUACUUUGACAGCACACGGAGCGCACAGACUGUAGGGAUAUAGCCUAGCUACUUAAAACCUGACAUUUGCGAUAAUACAUUCUAUCCUUGCACAUAUUAAAAUGAUCUCGGAGGAAAGAAGCAGUCACGUCCCUAAACAAGCUCUCGGCUUUCCAGUUGGGUUAUUGAUCCGCUCGCCCAAGAGACGCCUGGCAAUGCUGGGCAGAAAGGCCAGCAACGGAUCUCUACAGUCCAGCACGUCUGAUAGCACGGCUCAGUCUGUGGAGAGCACUGGAGUCCGGCAGCCGGCCAAGAGCAAGAUACGCCGACACAACAACAGACUGUCCACGGUGUUUGUUCGAAGGAAUGUUUUUGUGAGAAGACGGCGGGGUGGUGAGGGCAGAUGAUUAGUAGUGCUGGAAGCGGAGGACGAUGCUGAGGUGUUGUGUUGUAGGAGGACUAUCCCAGGGAUCCUCAAGAUAUUUGGCAGUGACAUCUGCCAAGGAACCAACUAUAAGAGCGUGCUGGCCACCAGUCACUCCAGCGCCAACGAGCUGGUCAAAGAGGCUCUGGAGAGGUACUGCUUGGAAAAGGAAGACUCUAGUGCAUAUGUGCUCUGUGAUGUGAUUGGCCGAACUGGGUUGGACCACGAAUGGAAGACGGAGUGCUGUCGGGUUGUCGGUGACCACGAGAAGCCCCUCAUGCUGCAGUCGCUCUGGAAACCCAAGGAGGGAUUCUCCAGGCGUUUCGAGAUCCAGAAAAGGGCAAACGUGGAGGCGCUAAGUGCCAAGAAUACAGACACCAUCACUGCAGGCCUCAAUGCCCAAGCCCGAAAGCUGCAGCACGCCCGUUCGCGGGUCACCUCUCUGUUUGUGGAUAGGACGAAUGAAGGGCUGGAUGCUCUGGGUAUCUGGAGGAGCUUGAGUGACAUGGACGUCUCAACUAUGGGAAAAGAAGCCAGUGAGACCCAUAAUGCACCUCUACAGGAGGAUCCAGAGGCAGAGGCUGAUAAAGAGGAUCUCCGUCUCAACGCAGAGAAAGAGGAGACAGAAAGCAGCGAUGACAACAACACACAGUACUCCAUCCACCUGCCCUUUGAUUUCCCAUAUUUCCUUCUGCUGCAAGAAUACAACCACAGACAGGACUUUCUGAUCUACCUGAUGAGUGGUAACAGUUGUAUAUUUGGCUCCUCCAUUGAAUCCUCCACUGGUAAGAAUGAGGAGACCCUUAAAGUGGAUGUUCUACUCUUUGCUCCUGACAUCCUACCUCAGCACUGCUGCGUACAGCGCCUUGAUGCCACCAGUGAUCAAACCAAGGGAAGUAGCAAGAUGCAAACCAUGCUCAGACCCCUCCACAGCGCACAUGUUACGCACAACGGCGUCCCCCUUGAUGAUGAGGUUGAGUUGUGUCCAGGGGACCUGGUGGGGCUCGGUCAGCACUAUCUCUUUAUGUUCAAGGACCCUACAGCCUCAGGAGCCUUUCAGACCCCAUCCUGGAUGGCCACGAUGUGUCCUACUACCAUAGCAUCACCCUGUAAUCUGUGUGGAACGUCUGUCAGGAGGAGCAGGACUCAAAAAAUGGCUGCCCGUUGGAGGGACUUGGACGGCAGGGUGGUGUCGCUGUCCUAUCAGGUGCAGCACGAAGAUCAGAUCUUGGAGAAGAUUCUCAGUAUGGUGGACCCAGGAGAGGAAGAACCCAAACUUACUCCAGCCUUUCUGCUUUGUCUGUGCAUUCAGCACUCCGCCACCAACUUUGAGUUGGUUCACCUCCGGAAAUUGCUGCUCUCUAUCACUAAUCAGAUCCAGCUCACCAUGUGGGAAAGAACAAAAGAACUCGCAGCUCUGCAGCCAGACAUAAGCACCAGUGAUAUGUCAGCAGAGCAGCAUGUGUUGAACAUCAAGGAUCUGAUCUCAGACCUGCAGCCGCUGGUGCUGUGGAUGUCCAACUCCAUUGAGCUGCUGCAUUUCAUCCAUCAUGAGGUCCCCCUGCUCUUAACGUGGAGACAACAGGACAGGCAGGAAAUGGACAAAGAAUCAAUGGAUUGUCAGAUCCAGUCCACAUGUGCUGCCAGCGAGGAGGCUAUGACAGUACUAGAGGAAGUCAUCAUGUUCACCUUCCAGCAGUGUGUCUACUAUCUCACUAAAAGUCUGUAUGCUGUGCUGCCGGGGCUGCUGGAUAGUAACCCGUUCUCUGAGAGCGGUCAGCUGCGCAUGCCUGCGGGAGUCAGCCAGAUCCUGGACGUCCUGAAGGAGGCACUGCAUCUCCUCAACACUUUCCAGGUGCACAGCGAGAUCACAUCUCAACUGCUGACCUACCUGUUCUUCUUCACCAACGCCUCCCUCUUCAACACACUCAUGGAGAGAGGGUCUGGAGGUGGUUUCUACCAGUGGUCUCGAGGAGUGCAGAUCCGGGCCAAUCUGGAUUUGUUGAUGGACUGGAUUCAGAGCAUUGGCAUGGGAGAUUUGGCUGCUGACUUCUUCCAGAGACUCUCUUCUGCCGUCAACCUGCUCGCAACUCCAAAGGAGACCCUGCUGCAGGCUUCAUGGUCCACUCUGAGAGCUGAGUUUGUUCAUCUGAACCCUGCACAGCUGCAUCACAUGCUGAGAGAGUACAACACAGCUCGGACGUGUCCUCCGUGCUGGACGCCAUCUCCAGAGGAUUCAACAGCUGCCCUCAAUACCGCUAAUAUCCUGGAAGGUUUCGACAGCCAUCCUCCUCUAAUCCUGCCCAGCAGCAUUUUUAAUCUGGAACUGGGAAAUCCCAUCAAAGAGCCAGGGCUGUUCACUCCUCUCCAGCAUCUGCAGGAGUUUAUCCAGUCUCUCCCAGACAGCCAGGCACAGGGCUCCUGCAGUAACUUGACUGAAGAGACAGCAUCUGAACCAAUCACCUGCCAAGACUCAGAGUCAAAGGAUCAGCAGCAUGUCAGCAUGACACCACCUCAGUUUCAGGGGUCUCACAGUAACCUGAGCUCGUGUGAGGCCGUCCUGACCCAGAAACUCAAGUGCCUGGAGCUCCAAAACAGCCUGGCUGGGAAUACAGACCUGGGCUACCACAAAAGUCUGGCUCUCGAUCCUUCCUGCCUGCUGACGCCUCCCAACACCCCUCAGAGUCUUGACCAAGCCGAACUUGAAGCCAGUCUGCUGAAGGGGGAGGUCCAGCAGACAUCACGCCAGCACAGGAAAGUAGAGAACGGCAUCGCAGCAAACACAGACCAAAGAACAGAAGAAAAUGAGGAUGAUAGAGAUGAGGUGUUCACCGUAGAGCUGAUGAAAGGACCUCACGGUCUUGGGCUGGCGCUGGUGGAUGGAAUGAAAACUCCUCUGCGAGUGAGUGGCAUCUACGUGAAGUCAGUGGUGCCUGAUUCUCCAGCAGCCCUCAGUCAGAGACUAAGAGAGGGCGACCGCAUCCUCGCUGUCAAUGGAGUCAGUAUGGUGGGAAUGGACUACCACAGUGGAAGAGAACUCAUCCGGACGUCCAGCGAUUCGCUCCGAUUAUUGGUGGCCAAAACUGAAUCCAGGAGUUUCAUCACCAGAUGCUGAGAAACAAAACAGACUCGUCUGGAUGACUGACUGUAUCUUUGGACUGAUCGUUCCUCACUGAUGCAUUCAGUCAGAUCUCAGGAACUGGAACUCGGAUGUAUUCCUGAAACCAAAGGAAGUCAAUUCAAAUGGAUUCAUUAAUGUUGCUGUUUGUGUUGUUGUUGCUUGUUUAUCAAAGUCUCAAAUGGUCAGAAUAAUAUGUUGAUUUCUUCUUUAAUAGUAGCGGUUAUGUAACACUUUUCUUGGUUUCUUUUAUGUAACAUAGUUUACCAGAUGUUUUCUGGUGUUUUAUUUUUGUUUAGAAUCUGUCCGUCUGUCAUUUUCUGGUUUCCUGAGAAAUAGUUGUGGUCCAAACAGGGUGAUUUCAGUUUCCCUAAAGCUCAAACUGGAAGAGAAAGAGUCACACAAAUUCAUUCUCUGUUCAUAACAUCCAAAUACUGCUGGGAAUAUCAGUCAGAACUGCAUUAGUUUUUAGUCAGUUUUUAAUAUUUAGCCAAAGUAUCACUAUUAAAGUGGUUCAUACUACUUACCAUUUUCACAUUGAUGCCAUUUCAUGUUAUUAUUAAUUGUGAGGUUCCUGAUGUCAUAAACAAUGUUCUUCCUCAGUUCCAGAGAAACAGUGUUAUAUUGUGUCAUCAGUGUUCAUGAUGGCAUUAAAAAAGCAUUUGUUUGUAAUAUUUAUGUUGCUAACUGUUAAUGUACAAGUGUAAUAUUUUUUUUAUUUUUAAGGAAAAUAGAUAAACUGUUGUUGUUUAUUUUCUUUGACUUUCAAUCUGUUUAAUUUAAAUUUAAUUCCAUUCAUUUUAUUAACAUCUUGUAUGCACAUAAACUCCAUCAGAAUAUCCCAUAAUCCUUCUGGACAAGAUGAUCAUGCAGAAUUACAAGCACAGUUUUCUGUCCUGUGUUGUUGCUUUUCCUAUUGAACAGGAAGUUAGAUGGUCAUCAUUUUAAUUGCUUAUAGGUAUUAGAAAUUUUAAAUAAAUCUGAAAAAGCUCAUUUUGUUAAUGUUUAGUAGUACACAUGCAUAUAAAUGGCCUUAAAACUACCAGACAUGAACUGCAGUCUGAAAUUCAGAGAGUCUUUAACCGGUUGAACAGCUCUGCUGGACUGUUAGUCUGCAGAGGUUUACAAAUGAAAGUUAAACGAAGCCGCACAGACUUCAGUGUAACUGAGGAGCUCAGCUGCUUUUUGAGCUGCAGCAGAACAUUGAGGAGCUCAAGGGAAAGUCUGGAUGAAAAUGCUGCUCACCGCAAAACUCAAAGCCAUUUAUAGAGCAUUUAUUGAGUAAAGUUUCCACUGCAGCAGCAACACACAUACACACCAUAUACUGGAGCUCAUGCUGAGACACUGGGUUUGAAAAUGCUGUUCACGUUCACCUCUUUACACAAAGUUCAAAGAGAUUUUAAUCAAUUCUGCAAAGCUGCUGAACAGAGUUAGUUUGAAUAUUAAUGUUAAAUAGUAAAUAUAUUUUUAAUGUUUAUGAGCUGAGGACUCUAAAUUAAUUCUGCAUCAUGUAAAUCUUUUUCAUCUUGAUUUUCUCUCAGAUUCCAGUGCUGUUUUAUUUACACAGACAUUGGGUUUGCAGCCGUAACUUCAUGUCUGAUCCAAUAAGACAGCAGGCAUUACAUCCGCUAUCUAUAUUCGGAAGAGCAGACUGACAUACUAUUCUAAAUAUAGGAUGUGAACUCAUAACAGUGUUCAGAUUUUCUGUAUGAUCUGUAUGGAAUAUUCACAUGAUAUACUUUUGCCAGAAUGUUGCUGUUAAAAAAAAAAAACUAAAACCAGCCUAAGCUGGUUGGCUGGUCUUAACUGGUUUAAGCUGGUCUCCCAGCCUGACCAGCUAAAGUAGUGGCCAAAACCCCUGUAAAACUAGCCUGCUAAGUCAAGGCUGGACGACCAGCUAAAACCAGCCAAUCAACUUAUGCUGGUUUUAGCUGUUUUUUUCAGCUGAAUAUUUUAUCCCAAAGUACAAAGUGCUUCACUCAAUUUGUCAUUUCAAACAGGACGUAAAAUCAGUAUCAUGUUUUGACUGAAUAAUUGCCAAAUGUUGAUUUUUUUUUUUUAAAUACCCAAAACUGAAUAAUAUGAACAAUAUGAUAACUGGACACAACUCUCUAAAUAAAACAUGAAGCAAAAUCAGGUCAU